AUGUUAGUGAUAGAUAAUGAAGAAAUAAGUGACUAUUUCGCCAGGCAGGACUUCAGCAUUUUAAGUAAUUCAAUCGAAAAUACGAACAACGAAGGUUUUGGAGUUGAAAAACCAGAAUCACCUUUACCCUCUGGAGCGGAAAUCAUAGUUAACCAAUUAAAAGAAAUAGCGCAGAAAGUAUUUGCAGAUGGCGAUGAAGAUCGAAAUUUAGUUAAAGACUUGACAUCAUUUGGUAUAGAAGAUACCAACGCCAGUUUUGAGGCUUCUCCUCCUGUGGUCAUCGAAGAAUUUGAAAACCUACACCUACAUCACCCU